UGCGGAAGUGAGUGGAGUUGGGCUGGUUGGAGUCCAGGGAGAGCGAGAUGAUUGAAGGCUGGAGUCCGGUUCUGCAGACCUUACUUGGGACCUUUUUCACUUGGGGUCUCACCGCUGCCGGGGCCGCUCUGGUGUUCAUCUUUGCACAGGGACAGAAACAAAUCCUGGAUGGAAGUCUUGGUUUUGCUGCAGGGGUUAUGCUGGCUGCUUCGUACUGGUCACUGCUGGCCCCGGCUAUUGAGAUGGCAGAAUCAUCAGGGAGCUACGGAGCAUUCGCCUUCUUCCCUGUAGGGGUGGGCUUCACACUUGGAGCAACCUUUGUUUACUUGGCUGAUGUUUUGCUGCCCUCACUGGGCAUUGAUGAUUCUCCACAAAUGGCAUUUGCACUCAAUCAGGAGCCAAAAUCAAUGAAGGAAAAGAAAGAUGAUGAUGCUGCAGAUUCCCGGUUGCAAGAUGAAGAAUUUGCCAUCCGGAUAGGUAGAGGUGCAUUAUUAGCAGAGAGUGUAGACAAUGGAGAAAUUUAUCAGAGAAAAAAAACUCAGCACCCUGACUACUCCGAGGGUCUGAUGGCAUUCAAUCAAUCAAGGUCUACGCCAGAGCAGCAACAAAGCAGUUGGAAGCGCAUUAUAUUACUUAUUCUUGCCAUCACCAUACACAACAUUCCAGAGGGUCUAGCAGUGGGAGUCGGAUUUGGUGCUAUUGGCAAGACUGCAUCAGCGACCUUUGAAAGCGCACGGAACCUAGCGAUUGGAAUUGGACUGCAGAAUUUCCCAGAAGGCCUUGCAGUUAGCUUGCCAUUGCGUGGUGCUGGAGUGUCCACGUGGAAGGCAUUCUGGUACGGUCAGUUAAGUGGCAUGGUUGAGCCAGUGGCGGGAGUAUUUGGUGCCUUUGCAGUAGUCCUUGCCGAGCCACUGUUGCCCUACGCCUUAGCUUUUGCAGCCGGUGCCAUGGUUUACGUUGUAAUUGAUGACAUCAUUCCUGAAGCUCAACUCAGUGGAAAUGGAAAGCUGGCUUCCUGGACCUCCAUCAUAGGUUUCGUCUUGAUGAUGUCGCUCGAUGUGGGCCUUGGCUAAUCUCAAGAUGUACAGUACCUUCAUUCUGAAGAAAUUACUUUGGGAACAUUAUUUUCUUCACUACAAAUUCUUUUUUUCCCCCCUGUAACAGAUUGUGAUGUCAGCAUCAGUCUAGUAAACUGAAUACACAUUUCUAGAUUGACACAUAAUUUGAUCUCAGUGGAAAAUAACAUUGACUUCUUGUCUGGGGCAAUCAUUGGAACUUAAGCCUUUUUAGCGAUCUGGACCAGUGAUCAUUUAACAUUUGUUUCUGGUUUUUGUGGGUUUUCCAAAGUUUGAAACUCAAUGUCUGUUUAUAAUGAGGUUUUAUUUCAGUUCCAGCUUUCAUUGGUAGAUUCAGAAAACAGUAUCACAGCUGGAUAUUUAUCAGCAUAAACUCAGGUUAGGAAUAGGCUGAUAAUUUAUGAUUGACAAUUGUGUAAUAGAAUAAUGCUGCCAUAACUAUGCAGUUAUAAUCACCCAUUGAAUGAUAACUGGUGUUACAUCACUAGCUGAACAGAUAUUUUGAAUGAUUUUACUUGUACUCCAAGUUCAAAGUAAAUUUAUUAUCAAAGUACAUAUAUGUCACCCUACAUACACCCUAUGAUUUGCUUCCUUGUGGGCAUUCACAGCAAAUACAAAGAAGCACAAUAGAAUCAAUGAAAAACUGUAAAAAAUAUUAAUCUGUUAAGUGUACAUUUGACAAAAUGUAACUGAAACACUUUGCUGCCCUUCGUUCUGAAGUUCAACAAACAAUCUCAGUUACAGCAGCCUUGGGAUAGUCUGCAUCAUUUAUUUUGACAUUUUGUGAUUUCUGAAAUGAUUUGAAGUGUGGAGCGUUGUUUGAAGUAAUAUAAUCUGUUUAUUGCCACCAAAGAGUCUGUUAGCAGACACCAAGGGGUAUGGUGAAAUGUACCUUUGUAGAUUCAGAGCCAUUCGCUUUCUUAAUUCAAAAAUAUGACAAAGACAUUGAAAUUUAUUUAGGCCACUGCUAAUUUUUGUAACUCACUGAGAGAACAAAUCAGUAUUGUUUCUUUAAAGUGACCUGCUAGCAUUUUCAGCACACUUUAUCUGCAGGCAUACAAUCUUAAAUUAGGGUGAAAUGAAGAAUAAUUGCAGAUUUCUUUAAACAAAGUCAGGCCAAAUCAUGUUAUAUCAACUAAAAAUCUAAGUCAACUAGAUCAAAAGGAAUUUUGUUAUAAAUGCAGUAUAUUGCCCGUGUUGAGGCUGCAUUAUUGAGAAAAUGCUGUUAUAGAGAUGAUUGUUACUCUGAAUCCAGAUCAGAUCAGGAGUAAUGAUCGUUUCAUUCUCCUUUACAUUCGGGAUGACAAUAAACAAUCUCAAAUCUUGAAUCUUGAGAUGGCCCUGGAUGGCUCCAACGAGAUGUUGGUGCUGCACUGAUUUCUGUGACCCUGCAAAAAUGACUGGUGGAAUGGUGUAGAAUAUGUUGCUAUACAGACUCUUUAACUUUUUAUCCUUUUUAUUAUCCUUUUAUUAGUAAUCAAAUAGAGGUAGAGAAUAUCUCAAGAGCAGCACAUUUUCAAGUUUCACAACCAAUGUCCAAUAAUUUAGAAGGAUGCAGUAAAGUCUGGGACAGAGUCUUUCCCAUGGCCCACACAAAAGAAAGUAAAACUUCAAAUACAACUCAUGACAGCCAGAACCUGGCGUAGCAGAGAGCCUUUCCCAUUGAAUACAAUGGGCCAGUGUAUGAACUGUAUUUGUACCAUACUCACACACCCAUUUGCAGAACUUGACAUCAGUGCCCUUUUGGCCCGCCGCUCACUUUAAACAGCACUUAGGCAUACAAUGUCAUGUUUGUUUUGAAGUAAAUAUAUAACUACAGUAAUGAGGUGAAUUAUAAAAAGGGCAUUGAAAGAUAUUGUUUUGGCACAAAUUAGCUGGCACUGUAACAAAAAGGAAAAGAAACUUGUUGGUGAUUCAGAAUAAAUUAUAAUGAUUGAACUUUGUAACCCUGAGAGUACUAGGGUCUAAGGUUAACAAGCAUUUGGAAGUUUCCGCUCUCUCCCUAAGAAACGUUUUCAAAUGACAUUGUUUUUGGUGUGUUGCUUCCUGACAGUGCCCCAUUAUGAAUCAUUCUAACUGGCAGGUACAGCUUAAUUUUCUAAAGGAAGAUAAUUCUGAUUUCAGGAUUUAACUUUCAACUGUUUCACAUAGCCCAGAUGUUUAGGUCAUGGGGAGCAUUUACCUUGUUUACAACUAUAUUCAUAACAGUAAUAUGAUAGGCAGCUGCCUAUAAAACCAUGGUGCUGGCUGAAGACUGCAGUAGGUACAGCUCAUUAACUGUAGAGGGAUGGCUCAGAGAGAGACACGGUGGGAGAAUAGGUGGAUACACAAACACACACGUACCACAGUUUUUUUUAAGUUCCGUAUGAACUUUGAGCUAUUGUGGAAAACAUGCCAGAUAGGAUGAAUUCAUGUUACUGCUACUGGGCAUAAUAUCACUUGGUUCUGCCAGUCAGUAUUCAUGCCAGGGAGUUAUUGAUUAAACCAGAAGUUAAUAGCAGCAAUAAAAAUAAAAGCAAAUCAAAUCAAAUUAGAAAUGAUAGGACAAAGAUAUUGAGUUUACAUGUUACAGAAUUGGUAUAUCUUUUGUCCUCUGCUAUAACUGAUAUAAAAGUCUCUGCUGCUCUGGCAUACAGUGAUAUUGUGAAGCUUGGGCUAGAGAAAGGCGGACCUAAAGUGAAGAUUUCGAUUUCAUGUAUCUCCUCAAAUGGUUUCAAUCAGGGAGCUGUUGCUCUAAAUCUGUGCUACCAUGAAGUUUUUGAAUAUAACGUUUUAACUUGAAGGGCUUUUGUGUCUUUAUCUUGAAUUAUUUUAAAAAUAAUAAACAAUUUUAAUGCAACCAGCUAAGUAAUGUUGUUGUGUUACCAGUAUCAUCACUAUGUACUGCUCAGGUUGAAAAGACAAUUAUCAGGAUGGCUUACUUUCAUGACAUGUUUUCUUCCAAAGUAACUCUGAAUUUAAACACUAAAUUCAUUGUGAAUUAUGCUAGAGGAGCAGAGUUUUUGAUAUCAGUUAUAACAGAGGACAAAAGAUGUGCCAGUUCUGUAAGAUGUAAACUCAAUAUCUUUGUCCCUGAUAGACUCCCAUAAUUUCUAAUUUGAUUUGUUUUUAUUUCUGUUGCUGUUAUUAACCUCUGGUUUAAUCAAUAACUCCCUGGCAUGACCACUUUCAGGGCAGAGGCACUGAUUGGCAGAACCAAUGUAAAGGUGAACUUAGAUUUUAUAACGAGUAUCACAGGAUUCAGGGCAUGGACUGUGUCAGAUUCUUAAGAUGGUCGUGAUUUCUGAAACAAUGAAAAUGCUGAAUCAUACAAACCCUUUGUACACCCUGAUAAAUAUCUGUGGUAAUAUUUGAUUCUGUAAUUGAGGAACUGAAAAAGGCUAAACGAAGGACACUGUUGUAUGUGAAAACAGUUUGGAUAGCUGCAAGAAAACUCAAAUGAAUCCAGGAUGGCCAAAGCCAGUUUUCAUCACAAUUUUAUCUUUAUUGCAUCAUAGAGCACUACAACACAGAAACAGGCCCUUUGGGCCCCAGCCCAUGCCAAUCUUGUCUUUUGCCUAGUCUCAUCGAUCUGACCCCAGACCAUAUCUCUCCAAACUUCUCUUAAUAUAGAGAAUAUUUAUAUUCUCCAUAUAGGGAAUAUUUUCUCUUCAGUUCAUCUGCCAGAGCUGUUUGCAACACCUUUGUUUAAACUCAGUCAGAUGCACGGGUGAAUGAGGUGAAAUGGUAUUGGUACUGAGCUGAGGAUGUGAGGGACAGAACACUUCUAAAUCUUAACAAGUACUUGGCACGUCAGCCCAGGAAUAAAACCUGAAGCUGCACUUCCUUCCUUUCUCACUUAUUGCUUGUAGUCUGCAGUCUGGUACUGAUCGUUCCAGUGUGUCUGUGUACACAGUCUACUUCUAUUUGCUCAAACACGAGGAAAUCUGCAGAUGCUGGAAUUUCAAGCAAUGCACACAAAAAAUGCGGGUGAACUUUUAUUCGCUCUUGUUUUGGAUGCUUUCCAUUCCCUUCUUCAGGUCCUUACUCAGUGACUUGGGAAGUGAAGGAAUAAUUUGAGCUGCUGGCCAGUGGAGAGUGUCUGCAGCCAGAGACAAAUCCAGACUCUUAUAGAAAUUGAGUUAUCUUUCGCCUUCCAAACAGACGGCGGUUUAAGUAGAUUUCACGUGGGGCUCUGGUCCUUCAGUUCCCGGGAUCAUUCUCCUAAACCUCCUCUGGACCCUCUCCAAUGCCAAGGACAUCCUUUCUUAGAUUAUCAUCACCUUUAUGCUCCAUAUCGUAUGAUGUGGGUGAUCAUGGUCUCAUGACCAUGAUCGUUCUGGGCAAUUUUAUCUACGGUGGUGUUUUGCCAUUGCCUUCUUCUGGGCAGAGUCCUUACGAAACAGGUGACCCCAGUCAUUAUCAAUACUCUUUAGAGAUUGUCUGCCUGGCAUCAGUGGUCAUAUAACCAGGUCUUGUGAUAUGCACCAGCUGCUCAUACGAUCAUACACCACACCACUUGUUCCCAUGACUUCACAUGAUCCUGAUCAUAAAGAUUUCUUCGAUAUGAGGCCCACAACUGCUUAUAUAACUCCAAAUGCAAUCUGACCAAUGCCUUAUAAAGUGCCCCAGCACAAUCCUUAGGCUGUGUGGGUCAUUGAAAGAAAACAAAGCAUUUUGCUAUGUGUUUAAUGUUUUGAUGUACAUGUGUGGCAUAAAGCUAACCUUUAAUCUUCUGUCAUUUUUAAUUUCCUUCGAAACAAUUUGACAGUACAGAACCUUAAAAAGCAGAAGUGUCUGACACUUGUAUGAUAAUGCUGUAAGUUUUUAACUCUUUCCACUGUCUGACCUGAGUGUUUGCAACGUUUUCUGUUUUUAUUUCUUGUAGUAUAAAAAUGGAAUUUGAUAUAUCUGAUGAAAUAAGCCAACAGCUCAUGAGUAAACUAAUGUCCGCAGCCACAUAUUGCAAUGACAGUUGUGCUGUGUAAUCUCUGUCUUCAGUUGAAUCACUGCUCAUUUGUCAUGGGAGAAAUUUUACUUUAUUUUAAUGUUCCUCACCUCCCAUUGUUAGUUUGCUGAAUUGCCUGAUGCCCAUGAAAUAUUCUCUUAAUAUUUAAUGUCAUUUCCAUUACAUAAGUGUGAAGGAGAAUGAAAUAAUUAUUACUCCAGAUCCAACACAGCACAAAAAACACAAUAAAUAUCAAUACUUAAGAUAUCUUGCGUACGUAUAUUGAUCGUAUGUCCCUGAAGUGAUGCUGGGCACCGAAGUCUUUGUACAUAAGGUGACUCUGACAUGAAGUGAUAAGGUAGUGCUAGAGUGGGUGUGGUGUGGUGGGUUGGAGAAGGAAACAGUUUUUGAAUCUGGUGAUGCUGGCCUGGCUGCAGUGCAACCUCUGCUCCGAUGGGAGAGGAAACCUUCAUGACGUUGCUGACUUUUUUUUCCCGUCGCCUUUCUGUAUAUACAUCCUUCUGUUGUUUAUAUAAAUUUUGUGAUGAAGUACUCUAAUCUGGAUGCAUCAAUACAUUUUAUUGCUCUUAAAUUAAAGUAAUUAUAUAUGUAAUGCUGUAGAAGUACCCAUGCUUGAAGAUUUGUCCCUCCAGGCGAGUACGAAGGUAAAUAGAUAUCCACUCUGGCCUGGUGCCAGACCAGAAGACAUGCACGUAACAGCAACCAUCAUGCCACAGGUGACUCUUUACAUAAGCUAGCAUUUCAAAAAAGAAAUUUUUUUAAAUUCUCACUGCGCAAAAAAGAAGAAAUAUUUGCUCUUUGUUGUUUUUAAGGUUUUUUUUUUGGAUUUAUGAGACCAAAAUGAUGAUCUGCAACCCAAAGGACGAUAAUUGUGCAAAACGCAAAGUGCAAUCUCCCGCCAAAUUGUGGAGAUUCCUGCUUCCAUUCAGCAGCUAUUUAGAUAACGAGGCUAAUGCCUCAAACUUGUUUUCCUGGCACAGUGUCUCACCCACUGGGAAUUCACCUUGGCACAUUGCAGGCUCAACACCCACAAUUUUCUGCCUAUUUAUAUGGAAAAUCCAUCGACUACACCAGCAGUUUCAUCUACAUCCGCUCAGACUGCGGAUCCGGCUACUAAAAAUGCACUUAUUUGCUCAAGCUGAUCUGGGUAUGAUCACUGCAAAGCUGGAAGUUCUGUUUAUCCUCAGUUAAGAUGUUCCUGUCCAUUUGAAAGUCACAGUUUAUUAGACGAUCCUAAGGUACAGGAGCCUCAGGACUCACACCACCAGGUUCAGGAACAGUUAUUACCCCUCAACCAUCAGGCUCUUGAGCCAAAGGGGAUAACUUCACUCAACUUCAAUUCCCCCAUCACUGACCUUCAAGGACUCUUCCUCUCAUGUUCCAGAUAUUUAUUGCCUAUUCAUUUAUUAUUAUUAUUUUUUCUUUUGUGUUUGCAGUGGUUGUUGUUUUUAGCACACCGAUUGAACUCCCAGGUUAGUGCAGUCUUUCAUUGAUUCUAUUUUGGUUAUUAUUGGAUUAUGGAUUUAUUGUGCAUGCCCACAAGAAAAUGAAUCUCAAGGUUGUAUUUGGUGAUAUAUAUGUACUCUGAUAAUAAAUUUAUUUUGAACUUUUGAAUUUUGAUCUUCAUUGGGUGUUUUUUUCUUAAUACAAAAUACAUGAGAUAAAUAUCAAAUUCAUAAUGAGAAGUUUCCUCAUUCUAGCAUUUGACAUCAGCACAUUUAAGAGUCUUUAAACAAUGUAGGUUUAUUCUAUUGCCUGAUGCAAAUUGCACAAACCUUGCUCAUGAAAUCACACUCCUAAGCCUCUAUCUGGUCACUAGGAAUCUAAUAAGCUGAAAUCUGUUUGAGUUUUCCAUGCAUGCUAUUGAUGCUUUUACUAGUUGUUCAAGCAUUGGUCCAUCUGGUGCUUUGCUGUUUCCGAGAGGGUUCCACAGGCUGCAAGGAAAGCAUGCAGGAUGGAGGCCAGGAAACCAGGAUUCGAGGCACAAACCAAGGAUCGGCUCCAGACCUCACUGAUUAAAGCGCCGGCGGAGAUUGAAAUCAUCACAGUGGGUGAAGGGGACAAGCAGGUGGUCAGCACCGUCUACCAGCCUCUCGCUCGUUAUUGCCGGAGGAGGGUGUCUGCAUGUGGGAGUCUCUCUCUUUCUGCGAUGGAGGUCUUUGAGCUCGAGUGAUUUCUCUCUCCCUCGGCGCUGUCAGAGAAUGGUGCUAGAGCAAGGUUUAAUCACCACACUUUGUAGAUUUGGACUCUAAUUCGGUUUAUGACGUGUACUAGUUCUGUUUCCUUCUUCGUUUGUUGCUGCUUUUGGGUGAUUUUUGAAUUGGGACACCCUGCAGAUAACGAACACUGAACUGAACUGAAAUAUGCCUUUUGAUUUGAUGUUUUUGCUUGUGUUUUUUGUUCCUAUUUGCGUGAUUUUUUUUUUGCACAUGGGGGAAGGAAGGGGAAUUGAUGUUUUUCUCUGAACAGGUUCGUUCCAUAGUUCCCUUCCCCAAUGAUAUUCUGAUACCUGUUGAAAUGUUCUUUUGAAGGAAAGACAUAUAAUUUUUUUUCUGAAAUGAUAGAUCCAAAUAUCUUGCAAUUCAUCACAAUUCUGUAAUAUUUGUCUUCUACUGUUGAUUUUAGAGUUAUUAAAUAUACAAAAUUACACCAGGUCAUGAUGUUAGAUUAAUUGUGUAACAGAAAUACUGGAAGAUGAAUACAGCCCGUAACUGCCUUAACAUCUGAGUCCAUUGCCAUAAGACGUGUUAUUGACACAACAAACAUGGCUUUGUCCCCUUUUUAUUAUAAAGAAACAAAGAUCAAGUUCAAGUUUGUUGUAUAGCUAAAUUAAACAACUUUUUUUCUGAGACCAAGGUGCAAAACACAGUAUAUACAGUGUACAGGUAUCACAUUAACACAAUAAAAUAAU